ACCCUAGUACGAGAGGAUAUUUUCCUCCCCAUUUUCUCGGCAUCCAACCGCCGGAAACCCUAGGAGCAGCAGCAGCAGCGUCGAGCGAAGAUGGCGGCCCCCAAGAAAACCAAGAAGACUCAAGAAAACAUCAACAACAAGCUCGCUCUCGUGAUGAAGAGCGGCAAGUACACGCUCGGCUACAAGACCGUGCUCAAGAGCCUCAGAAGCUCCAAGGGAAAAUUGAUUCUGAUUUCGAACAAUUGUCCGCCGCUCCGAAAAUCGGAGAUCGAGUACUAUGCGAUGCUUUCCAAAGUCAGCGUGCACCAUUUUCAUGGGAAUAAUGUUGAUCUGGGAACAGCAUGUGGCAAGUAUUUCCGGGUCUCUUGCCUGAGCAUUGUCGAUCCAGGUGAUUCUGAUAUCAUCAAGCAAAUGCCUAGUGACCACUGAGCUGACUGUUAGAUGGGUGCUGAGGUUUUAGAUUUCUCACAAACUAUAGGACAAUUUUGUUUUUUGGUACUACCAUAGACAGGAGCCUCAUUUAUUGUUGAAAUUUUUCGUCCCAUCAAAAGGGCAAAUUUGAUUUUGGUUAAAUGACAGCAGACCUUCAAAUCGCAUAUGGUUUUUAGAAUCAAAAGAAAGAUUGUUUGGGAUAUCUGUGAUUGAGCUGAUGCCCUUUUCAUCCCUUGAUAAUCUGAUUUUGGUUCCUU